CAUCCGCCUACAAUACCCCCACCCUCUCUUCCAUUUAAGAACUCUUCAAUUUCAGAGUCUCUCACAAUGGCAACAUUUGUCAGAAGAAUGGCUAUUGGCUAUGCUUUUCUUGUUCUAUUUUUCCUCUCUUCAGAUAGAGGAUUCUUACUUGGAGUGGCUUCCUUUGGGAUUAACUAUGGCCAAGUGGCUGACAACUUGCCACCACCAGGAAAAGUGGUCGAACUCUUGACAUCCUUUAAGCUCACAAAAGCAAGAAUCUACGACACCAAUCCUCAGGUUCUGUCUGCUUUUGCCAAUUCGGACAUUGAGCUCAUUGUCACAGUAGAAAACGAAAUACUCAACCAGCUAGACGAUCCUCAACAAGCACUUCAAUGGGUGAACACCCACAUCAAACCGUUCGUUCCUGCCACAAAAAUCACAGGAAUCCAAGUAGGAAACGAAGUCUUCACCGAUGAUGACCCAACCCUUAUUCAAUACCUCGUACCUGCAGUUGUCAACAUUCACAAUGCAAUUUCUCAGCUCGGCAUUAACACAAACAUCAUGGUUACGACCCCGAGUUCCUUAGCGGUUCUCGAUCAAUCCUAUCCUCCAUCAAACGGCAGCUUCAAGAGCGAAAUCUCCGAGAUCAUGACUCAAUUCUUGGACUUCUUGUCAAGCACGAAAUCCCCAUUUUGGAUCAACGCCUACCCAUUCUUCGCUUACAAGGACGAACCGUCCCAAAUCCCACUCGAGUACGUUCUAUUCAAUCCCAGCCAAGGAAUGGUGGACCCAGUCACCAAUCUACACUACGACAACAUGCUAUACGCCAUGGUAGACGCGGUUGUCUUCGCGAUUGAGAAAAUGGGUUACGACGGGAUCGAAGUGAAAGUAUCGGAGACAGGAUGGCCGUCCAAGGGCGAUUCCGAUGAAUCAGGGGCGAGCGCUGAGAAUGCAGCGACGUAUAACGGGAACUUGUUGAGAAGGCAAAUUGCGAACGAAGGGACGCCUCUGAGGCCAAGAAUGAACCUGGAGGUGUAUCUGUUUGCGUUGUUCAAUGAGGAUUUGAAGGAUGGGCCGACGUCAGAGAGGAAUUAUGGGCUGUUUCAGCCUGACGAAAGCAUGGUUUACGAUGUAGGGCUCUCUAAUAUUAAAUCGUCGUCGUCGUCUUCUUCUUCAUCGUCCUCAGAUGCUUCGGUUGAUCUUACCUCCUCCGCUGCUAAGGGAGCAGGGAAGGAUUACAAAAGCUUGGCCUAUGGGAUGGUGGUGUAUUUGCUGACUUCAAGUUUAUUGAUGGACACAACUUGAAACAAGUAACUUGGUAUAUAUAUUCCCCAUUCUUCAUACCUAUAAAUAAUAUUGUAUAUAACACGACAUUCUUCUAUGCCUCUCAUAUAUAUUCCCAAAAAAACAAAACUGUGUAUUCAUAAUAUCAUAUUCACAUAUUUUGGCAUCGCAUGCUCAAGGCAUCUCAAUAGUAUCGAAAUGUAUAUGAUUUAACCAUUCAUUUGAAACUUUAUAUUAAAUAUGAACCAAAAAUCGAAAAGAUUGGGAACUUAGAAUGAUUUUGAGUGCUCAUCACUUGGCGUAGAGCGUCGAGUUUGAGACACUUGUCUAAGAUUAAUAUUACUCUAUCUUUAUAUUUUUAUAUAUUUUUAUUUGAAUUAAAUGACAAAUUUAUCCCUAAACAAAAAGUUUAGAGGCAUACGAGACUUCAAAGGCCUAAACAUGUUUUUGAAAAUGAUCCGAUGUCUUCUAUACCAUUAAUAAAAAUUAACAUUGGUCAUUAAUUAAUUAGAAAAUAUCAUAAAAAAUAUAAAAAGUUAUAAAAAAUAUCAAAAAUUACAGAUAAUAA